AUGUCCACCAGAUCCUACACCUCUACAUCAUCCAUGAUCCUCGUCAUCUGUUGCUUGUUUUUCACUGUAGUUCAAGCCAAUUGGGAUGAAGCUACAGGUUUUGUUCAUGAUCAUAAGGUCUCUCCAGGAUGGAUGGCAAAAAACCCACCGAAAUCUUGCUCUAAAAAUAUCCAAUUGGCUGAGUGUUCGCAUAACACCCGUAAUGCAUUCCCCAACGUUCAAUUCAUGGCAGUCUUCACUGUUGACCACUCUAAAGAUACAUACCACGGUUGUUCGUAUGGAUCUUGUUGUUACUUUUCAGCAUUUCCACCGGUCACUGAACUUGUGUCGGACCCUACUAACUCACACAUCUUUGUCUGGCAUAAUCUUGGAGGCUUCAAAGGCUUAGGAACUAAUCCGAUAGCUAAUCCUCAAACUGGAACUUUCGGAUACGAAGAUGGAACGACUGGAAAAUAUAUAGAUGGACCUCCAAACAGAGCAACUUAUCAAGCAGGUCAUGAUAGUAAAUAUCCAGGAUUCAAACUUCCACCUGCAUGGCCAGCAACUAUGCCAAUGCCAGCACAAAAGAAUGCACACCCAUCCUGUGGUAAACCAGGUGAACCGAAUAAAGAUCCUAAUCCUACUGGAAAACCUGGAGGAGGUCAAUCUGCAAAACCUAAUGAAGUUGAAUCAAAAUCAAAACAAACUAGUUCAAAAUCAACUCCAACCAAAAAAGAUUCUGAAAAACGUCAUCAAAUUAAUCUUGAAUAA